AUGGCAGGGGUGCUGAGGGGAAAUUUCAACACCGAUUACUCCAACGUCAACCACAAUGGCUUCUCCAAAUCGCCCAUCUUUGGUGGCAUAUCACUCGCACCACUACAUCAGACGAACAAUUCGUCAACGACAGGCCAGAACGCGGCACAAGGCGGCAGUGGUGGCGGGAGCGGUGGUCCUGGCAGUAGCGGUGUUGACCAUGGUGAUUCCGGUGCGAUGGAUACAGGGAUGGACCUACACGAGGAAGAUAACUUCUACUUUGAUUUUGGCAUCUUUGACAACUCGACGGAUUGGCUACGAGAUUGGGGUCCCAACGAUUCGAUAUCGCCAGAGUCCCAACCUGGCCUGGAAACCAUUGAGCGACUCCCCGAUUCCGCCAGUACCCGAGAUCAACCCCCAACUCCGCCACCCCCACCUUCGGCAUCGACACCUUCUCCUUCUAGGGACAGCCCACCGAGAUCUUCGGAAAACCCACCUCAUCUGCAACAGCAGCCCGGUGAAGAUGGUAGCAGUAUGCACGUCCCGGGGUUGCCGGCCGUUUCGCCCAUGAAGGACCAUGCCAACACCACUGAUUUUCUGCCGUGGGGUUGGCAGCACGGCAUGAGGCAAGAGACGAUUGCAAGUCGCAAGGUGACGCUGCCGCCGCUACGGCAAGUCCUCACGGACCGUCCUGGUGAACAGCUGCUCCAACACGGCGAGCAGCAUCCCGGCUCCGAACCUGCCGCUGCCUCCACCGAAGAGGGACUCAUUACGGAUAAGAUGAGGAGGGAAAUGAUUCACGUCCUCAUGUUACCAUCCGUCCAACCGCCUUAUCCUGGAUGUGAUUCUUCCGAGCUUGAGAGGGCUUUCCCCAAUAAAGACUUCAUCGCCGCGUUCAUCACGCUUUAUUGGGAGCACUUCCACCCGAUCCUUCCUGUCAUCCACCGGCCAAGCUUCUGCAUCGAGAGGAGUCCGAGUAUCCUCCUGAUUGCGAUGGUCAGCAUCGGUGCGAGUUACAGUAACUUGAAGAAUGCGAAGUCCUUUGCAGAUGGUCUGAGUGAGCUCUGUAAGAGAUGUCUUGCAUGGAUGGCUGAGAAUGAUCCCGCAUACGGAAGAUCGCCGUUCUUCCUUACGUCCAUGUGUCUGCAGAACCUCUACGCCAUGGGCUCCGGAUCGACGAGUCUCUACGACGCCGCCGAUGUUUCUCGAAGCGUCAUCAUCGGCAACGCUCGUCGUAUCGGUCUCUUCUCGGGAACGAUAAACUCCACGCCCACGUCAUCGUCGCCGUCGUCAACCCCGGGAUCGCCCACCAUUCGUCCUUCGAAUGGUCGGUUCACGCCGAACAACGAGCGAACCCAGGCGCAAGACAGACUCAAUGCCUCUUCGCUAGAGGCGCGAUGGCGUGAAUGGCGAGAAAAGGAGGGCAUGAAGCGGCUGGCUUGGGGUAUUUUCGAGUACGACAGCUCGUUCUCAACGCUCUCCAACCGACGAGGUGCAAUAACUAUUAGUGAUAUUACUAUUGGUAUCCCCUGUUCCGAGCUGCUAUGGGAAGCACCCACUGCUACAGCAUGGGAGGCGCUAUUGGCACACGAACCGGAUGUUCGCAAAUUACUGUUCUACCGAACACUAAAGGGCAUCAUCUCUGGCGAGUUCGAUGCGAAAAUUCUGACUUCCUGGGGGAAGCGUCUUUGCGCCCAGGCGAUGGGACGAAUCAUGUGGGAUUUCAAGGAGCUGGAGGAGAGUGUGCUCUCUGUCAGCCCUAUCGGUGCCGCAUACUUCAAGCCGCAUAAGGAGAUAUUGCUGCAGUGUAUGAUGCGUGUGUGCGAGAGCUCUACUCCACGAGCUGGCGAAGCUGAGGGAGAUCGAUAUCACUGGAUUCUUUCCAGAUUAAUAGCGCACUACACGCACCUGCACGCCGCCUUCCGCACGAUCUCGACCAUGCUCAAUCUCGCGCGCAAGCCACCGCCACCAGGCGCCGAAACUAGCGAUCCGAGGAUAAAGCAGCUCAAGAAGAGCUUUGCGUCGGACCCGACGGGCGCACGCACGCUCGCCUGGCACGCCGCGCAGAUCAUUGCCCUCUCCCGUUGGAAACCGGUCUUCUCGCCGGUCGAGGGCAUGCGACUGUUCCUUGCCGGCGUGGUGCUCUGGGGUUUCGCUCAGUACCAUCGCUCGCGUGACGACUCUACCCCCUCGUCGUCCGCGGCGUCGUCUAUGAAGUCGGGUGUCUACCCGCUACAUGGACCUGAGGACUCGGUGCGAUUAGAUCUAUUGCCGUGGAAUAUGCCGCCCGGUAUGGUCAGGGCUUACCCUGAGGAGUGGAUACGAUAUGGACGCGGAAGGGCUACGAUUGGUGUCGAGGGCGAUGGCGAAGAUAAGAUGAUGGAGGUUUGUGGGCAGGACGGCGCGAAGGAGGUUCUGAGAGUCGUCGUGGGGAUCCUGGGGAGUCUUAGGGUUUGGGGCCUCGGUGGUGAGUUUAAAAAUGUGCUGGAGGAGUUGAUGGCAAGGAAGUCGUAG